GCAGCUCUCCAGCGGCUGCUCAUCAGUCAUAUCAUAUGUCUCCCCUUCCCUGUGUACUCAGUCCCUGCUCCCGGCAGUACCGGCAUUGCUGUUCUGUGUCCUGCAUGGCUCUCUCCCUCCAUGUGUACGUGCAUGUGUCCUGCAUGGCUCUCUCCCAUCAUGUGCAGCAACCAGAGAUGCCUCAUUCUGCAGCAGGUUUAUGCUGUUAUGGCCCAAAUUCUAAAGGAUAUGGGGAUUACAGAGUAUGAACCCAGAGUAAUUAACCAGAUGCUGGAAUUCACAUACAGGUAUGUGACAACAAUUCUGGAAGAUGCAAAGAUUUAUUCCAGUCAUGCGAAGAAGAAUAAUAUUGAUGCAGAUGAUGUCAGGCUGUCCAUUCAGUGCAGGACAGACCAAUCAUUUACAUCUCCUCCUCCAAGAGAUUUUCUGCUAGAUAUUGCAAGACAAAAGAACCAGACGCCAUUACCCUUGAUCAAACCAUAUGCAGGUCCUAGGUUGCCUCCAGACAGAUACUGCCUGACUGCACCAAACUACCGACUUAAAACUAUACAGAAAAAGAUGCCAUCCGCUAGUAGAAUAACUGUGCCACGAUUGAGUGUUGGGGCUAUAACAAGCAGACCCAGCACGCCUACACUAGGCACACCCUCCGCUCAAACUGUCUCUGUUUCCAAAGUUGGUGGCACUCCGGUGACUCUGGGUGGUCAGCGAUUUACAGUUCAGAUCCCGACUUCACAGACGACGGUUAAAACAGCAACCCCUACGACGGCCACCGUGCAAAAUGUCUUAAUCAACCCUUCACUGAUUGGUUCAAAGAACAUUCUCAUCACAACCAACAUGGUGUCCUCACAGAGCACAGGAAAUGAAUCUACCCCACUAAAGCGGAAGCUUGAAGAUGAUGAUGACUAUGAUGCAAUAUAGAAGCUUUUUGGGGGGCAUAUAAACCUGUAUUACAACAAAUGGACAGAAGACUUCUUUUAUUAUCCCGGUGUGAAAAUCAUGAACCUUUAGUAAACGGUGACUCAAGAAAAGGAUUUUUUUUUUUAUAAUCAUAAGAAUAAAACACAUAGGCAAAUCCAAUACAUUAUUUAAACAUACUGUAUUUGAUUUAUAUUAAGAACUUUGCUUUUCGAUCACAGUAGAUGCAUGCACUGCUUCUAUAUAAAAUGCAUUCUGUGGCCUGUGUAAGAUGCACACUCUGACUCGGUAAGAGCAGAUCAGUCAGUAACUCCCGAUGCAAGUGCUUUUGUUACUCGGGUUAGAGAGAGAUUUUAUUUCUCCAAAUUGUGUUUGUCAUCUCCAACUCUUCUGCAGAUGUGGCGCAAAUGGCCAAACUGGCAAUCUGUUUUCCCUCUAGCUCUACAUCCAUUACCAGAGCUGGGCAGAUACACAGAGGCAGAAGGUCAGUACCUUUCCAAAAUUACUUCUAGUGCUUAUCUCUCUGGAGUCCUAUCUAUGGUGCCCGUGGAUGCAAAUCUCCCUUGGCACUUUAAACAAUCCUGUUGAAUCCUAGAAUUAGCCUGCUGGGAUUUUGUAUUCUAAAUAGUUUACUCAAGUAUGGAAAUGAAGAGUGAUAUCUGCAGAGACUAGAAAUGCCAAAAAACACAAUAAUAUACUAUAUACAAAUCCCAGCAAUUUUGAACACGUUUAUAUAUUAUCAUGGUAUUUGUACCCGACAACAGAACUCUCCCUUCUACGUUUUAUUUUGGUAGCUAUUUGUUACUGUUUGGAUUUGUUUCAGAUAUGUGAAUGUACCAACUGAAGUUUAUGGGUGUUAAGUUAAAGGGCAAACUAGAUGGGCCAAGUGGUUCUUAUCUGCCGUCAUUCUGGAGUUUCUAAGUGAGGGGAAUUUCUAUCCUGAAAACCGUUUUUAAUCAUCGUUUGCAUUGUAAGUGAAGUAAUCUGGAAAUUAAAGCAAAUCCUCUAUUGGAUAGCUUUCUCUGCAAAAACUACCUUGAGUAUUUAAUAUUAUGUAUUCUUUUUAUACCACAAGAUCCCGGUGAUGUGUAUAUACUACUUUGUCUUCUAUGGCGCUGUGUUUCUCUUCAGCUAAUGCUGGCACUCUGUGAAUGCUACCUGUAAAGGGAUCAGCAGUUGUGGCACAAGUAAUAAAUAACUUUUUUACUUUCA